AUGAUAAAACCGGAUGGCGUUCACCGCGGGCUGGUGGGGGAUGUGAUAAAGAGAUUCGAGCAGCGCGGCUACAAGCUGGUCGGCAUCAAGGUGCUGGUGCCGAGCCGGGAGCUCGCAGCAAAGCACUAUGCUGAACAUGAUGGGAAGCCGUUCUUCCCCAAGUUGGUUGACUUUCUGUCGUCGGGCGCAGUCGUGGCCAUGGUGUUUGAAGGCAAGGAUAUCGUGAGGACGGGGCGUACCAUGGUGGGCGCCACAAACCCGCUAGCCUCCUCGCCGGGCACGCUGCGCGGUGACUACGGCAUUGACGUGGGACGCAACGUAAUUCACGGCAGUGACUCCGUGGAGAGCGCCAUGCGUGAGAUUGCUCUUUGGUUCAAAGCUGACGAGUUGGCCGACUAUACACCCGCAUGGAUUUACGAGUGA